GGUAAACCUGGACCAAUAGGACCACCAGGAUUAAAAGGCGAUAUUGGAUUACCUGGUGCACGUGGUCCAACCGGUGAUCGAGGAUCACCAGGAGAAACUGGUGAACGUGGUCCACCUGGAAUGCAAGGUGAAAAAGGCGAACAGGGUAUUCCCGGUUUGGAUGCACCAUGUCCAACAGGACCUGAUGGAUUACCAAUGCCAUAUUGCGCCUGGAAACCACUUGAU